GGAAGUACACAAACCACGUUGUCCUUCACACUUCCUGUUUCUACACGUUUCUUCACUUCUCUGGCUGGUGAAAACAGACGGAAACACAAACAUGCCGAAAGCCAAGAAAUCGGGCAAGAGAAAGACGUUCAACUACAACCAGGACCGAAAGAAACUGAAGAAGAAGGUGUUAAAGAAAAAUAAACCCCGGAUUGAAAAUUCACAGAUCCGACAUGCUUGGGAUGAUCGUAAGUCGAUGGCGAAGAACCUGCAGGAGAUGGGUCUGACUUUUGAUCCGAACCGGAGUCUGCCCAUAACAAAACAGCAAUUCUUCGGUGGAGACAGAAAGACCAAAGCUGCCGUCGGCAUCGUAACCAAACCAUACGUCCUCAACCAGCUGGAGGAGGAGGCCAGUCGACCAGAGAAGGACACCAAGACGUUAUCGUCCGACCUGAUCGAGUACGCACAGUACAUGAUCCGAGAACACAAAGAUAACUUCAAGGCGAUGGCUAGAGAUGAGAAGAACUACUACCAGGAUACGCCCAAACAAAUCAAGAGAAAAAUCAACGAGUACAAACGCUGCCAUCCGGAGCAUUACAACAACUUCAUCAACUCCCUCGCUGCCCCGGAGCCGAUGGUUCAGUAGAAACUGUCUGUUCUGGUCUGGACUGAAUCUCAUCACGUUUAUUGUCAGAGCGAGGACAGCGUUUUACUGCAGAACUGAAGCUCAGAAAGAGGCAGAAAGUGAAGAGAGACAAGUGUUUUCCAUGUGUCCUUUGGGAUUUUCUCUCUUCACUUUGGACCUGAAUCUCUUACUCAAGUCCUCUUCUGUUUUGUUUGAGGAUUAUUGUCUUGAUCUCGCUGCCACGGGUUUGUUAUAAACGCUCAAAUGUAACCGAGUCACUUCAUAUCUAGGAUUAUCUGGAUGAAAAGUAUACUGAGCACAUACACCACGCUGGAUUUCUACCAUCAUCUGGACUCAGACAGGAGCUGAAACGUCUCAAAUGUGAUAUUUUCUGAAAACAAGUGGAGCUCCGGUUCCAUUCAUCCACUUUCCAUUCAUGGCACAGCGAGUCAAGCCAAGUUAGUUAAUGGAUUUUUGAGCAGCUCUUUAAUUAAUAUGAACAUGUUGAUUGUUACAAACAUGACUAUGAUAUUUUAGUUACUCCAUUAUUAAACCUUUUACUGACUCAAAACAUGCAUUUGGUUCUAAAUAUUUGCUCAAACUCAUUGUAGGGUCAUUAAAACUUAAAAAAAAAAAAAAAAAAGACUAAGUAUCUUGUUGUAA